AUGGACCACCUCAAGAAGAAAUUAGAGAAAUAUGUACGUAAUACACCAAAAAUAAGAUUAAUUCGUACAACUAAACGUGAAGGGCUUAUUAGAGCAAGAUUGUUGCCAAUAAAGGAUUUGAAGACACCUGUUAUUAUUUAUCUUGAUAGUCAUUGUGAAUGUGCUGACGGAUGGUUGGAACCUCUGCUACAAUGUAUCAAAGAAAACCCAACUCGAGUAGUAAGUCCAGUAGUCGACCAUAUUCAUGAUACAACUUUCGAAUACAUUGCACAAACAAUUGACGACCUUCGAAUCGGUGGAUUUAAAUGGGAUCUCAAAUUCGAAUGGAUUGGUGUACCAAGAGCAGUAAUUGAAAAACGAAGUAACAUCUAUGCUCCUAUAGCCACUCCAACUAUUUCUGGUGGUCUCUUUGCUAUACACAAGGACUUUUUCAAAAAACUCGGCUACUAUGACGAAGGACUUGAAAUAUGGGGCGCAGAAAAUUUGGAACUGUCCUUCAAGACUUGGAUGUGCGGUGGUUCUUUAGAAAUAGUUCCUUGCUCCCACGUCGGCCAUGUUUUCAAAAAGAACAUUUCGUCUGCGUUUCCUGCGCAGGAAACUAUAAGGAGAAAUCUUGUACGGUUGGCGAAGGUCUGGCUUGAUGAAUACGCGAAAUAUUUUUAUGAACGAAUCGGUAAUGAUUUAGGAGACUAUGGCAAUGUUUCUUCACGGAUCGAACUUCGCAAGGAAAUGAAUUGUAAAUCGUUUAAAUGGUAUCUAGAAAAUAUUUAUCCACAAUUGGAAGUGCCUGAUAAUAAUAUUGCCAGUGGUGGAAUUCUUAGUAUUGGCAGCCCUGGUAUAUGCUUAGAUGCUUACAUAAUAUCCAGGGAGCGUUAUGGUGAUACUGUUAAACUAUUGCCAUGUCAUUUUCAAGGCGGUAAUCAGACCCAAACUAUAAGACACAGACAGACUAAAAAAUGCUUGAAUGUCGGAAAAUUCCCAGAAGGCUUGAAGGUAGUGUUAUCGCAAUGCUCGCAUUCAUCAUCACAGAAAUGGGUCAUGGAACAUUUUAAUCCUGAAAAACUUACUCCACUAAUGCAGAAUGAAAUAACCCAAUGGUACAAUAUGACGAUAUUGUAA